UAUUGCAACCAAAAACUAGAACUAGGGAAGUACGAAUUAAAAGUAAUAACUACGUCAGCAAACAAUGUGUGGUGAAUACUAUCCGGCUUUUUUUGCGUUCUUAAUUAUUAAUUAAAGAAAAUUGUUUAAUACAUUGCAAUUAUGUUGACAGCCAAUGAACCGUUAAGUAUUGAUGAGUAUGCUUUUAAAAGCUCUCCAGAAUCGUCUGGGGAUGACUCCUUUAUGAGCGAGGAAGAUUUUUUACAACAACUGUCAUCGGAACUGGAUAUUCCGUUGCUACUAAAUGCCGGUCACGAUGAAAUGAGUUUGUUAAAUACAUUUCUAGAUAAAAGUACAGACGAAAUUUUGUCAGAGAUAAGCUCUACAGCUCUAGAAUUUAAAUGGCAAGAUGUGAAGAAGGAAUUAAACGAUCUCGAGCAGCUUGACUUAUCGAAUUAUGGACCAGAGGCAUUUCCCAAUGCUAAGGCUGAAGUAAAGGUAGAGCCUUCUCUUCAGUGUAUUAAUGAAAACUCCUUCGAAGUUAUUUCAACCGGUUCUUCCCCAAAUAAAAUCUAUACUAAAGUUAGUACCCCAUCAGAAAAUGUGAUUUAUUCGAAACCGUAUUUAUAUAGUAACGCCCAACUUGCGACAACGCAUCAGUCGCAACCCACGAGUCUGUCCAACAUAAACGUAAAAGUUACCAAAUUAUCACCUAAACGAUUUACAGUCAGCUCUACAGCCCCGUACAUUAUUCCAUCAAAUAAAACCAAGCAAAAAAUUUUGUUGGUUCCCUCUGUCUCGACCACACCUGCAACAAAUGCGUCAAAUUCACAAAAUAUUGUUAUAUUAGAUAAUGUAGUGACUUCAGUUCCUUUAGACAGUAGUAACGUUACCAAUACUAAUCCAGUGACAAUUAACAACAUUAAUACCGUUACCGUACCCUCGCUAUCACCUCUCAGACAAAAUAUUGAUGAGACUUCACUUACUAUAUCACCUGUAAGGAAUCAGACAAUCGACGCCAGAGCUUUAAAAAGACAGCAGAGGAUGAUUAAAAACCGGGAAUCUGCGUGCUUAUCGAGAAAGAAGAAGAAAGAUUACAUGACAUCUUUAGAGUUUCAAGUGCAAUCAUUAACUGAAGAAAACCAAAGGUUACUUAAGGAGAAUAGGUACCUGAAGGAUCAGUUGGAGGUGUACAAAGUGCAAAGGAAAAUUCAUAUUAAUUUACCGACAACGAAAACGUUCACAAAAACUUUAGCAGUGUGUGCCAUUGUCUGCGUGAUGGGUUUAAAUUUAAACUACUUUCAGAAUCCCAGUGUAUUGAGAAAUAACAGGCUUAUGGUAGAACGAGAUGCGAGCGUCUUUGAUACCUAUCGUAGCCGAAAUUUACUUUGGUCAGCUGAUUUGGACAACAGCUUUGAAAAGAAUGAAACUAAACGUUCGAAUGUCCUUGUUUGUCCUGUUCAUGUGAAUCACACGGAAAAUGUUCGUUUAGCUCAAGAUUUGCAUAGGUUAAUUGGUAAACCAUACAACAUCUCAAAUGAUAUAUACCGAACAGUAUCUAGAAAGAGACCUAAAAGGAAAGAUUCUAUUAAAAAGAAUGGUAAGGAUGUGGAUGGCUCAAACUUAUAUUCACCAUUGCUGUACAAAACGAGUAGACGACAGCGCAGAAUAGGAUAUACCAGUAUGAGUAACGAACUUCAGAUCUUCUCACCGACAAUAGACCAACUAUAUGCGGAAUUUUUUGAAGCUAUCAAUCGGCAGGAUGACACUUUCUAUUUGGUUUCUUUGAAUUCUGACCAUUUCCUCUUGCCUGCAUUAAACCAUAAUAAAACUAGGAGGCCCAAAUUAUCUCUACUGCUACCUUCGAUAUUGUCAAACGUUACUUCGUCGCCUGAUCCCCACACUGUUUCUCUCAUGCAGAUUGACUGCGAAGUUGUCGACACUCACUUAUUGCAUGUUAAUUAUGGUGCAAUACCGCAACAUUUGCGAACACAUUCUAAUACCACUCAAGAACCUUACACUUCAGAUGAUAUGUAUCAUGGUAUGAAUAACACAAACAAAAAGUUUACAGUUCGACGAACCUACAAACCUUAUUUUAUGCGCAAAAGUCAUGCAAAACAUAAAAACACCACAGAUUAUAAGGGUAAUUACUAAUAAUGGAACUAAUAUACUAAUAAGUACAAAUACUGAUGAGCAUGUCACACGAUGAUGUUUUUUUUGUUUUAAGUGUUGUUGUCGGUUGAAUUAGACUAAUUUAUUGCACGUUUAAUGUAAAUUAUAUAGUAUACGUAUACACGAAAUCGUUAAUUAAGUACAGUCCUAGAAGGAUGUUUAAAGCUUUAUUUAGUAGUAUUGAGUAGGAAGACAAGAGAGGUAUUAAUAAUUUUUUUUACCAAGAUAACCAUAUUCAUACAGUUUUACGUAUUUUCGCAGUUACGUAAUUUGUGACACUUAAUAGACAGUGAGCAUUAUUAUCGCUAGCCGUUAAUGGAAAUGGUAAUUGUAAUAAAGUAUCAGGAUGUUACAUGUUGUCAUAUCGUAAAUAUUUGCAUUAUUCGUGGGAGGGGUCUGAAUUUGAAUUUGUACAAGAAAAUGAUUUUGGGAUCUCAAUUGCUUCACUGUGUACAGAGUAAGUAUUUAAAUGAUUAAUAAACUGAUUAUGUUUACGUUUGGCCAGUCCAUAUUGCAAAAUGUGAACAAUGUCAAGCAAUAAAUUUUUGUUAAACAAUUUUAUGAAAAUCAUUUUAUUUUAUAUCCCAUUGUGUACCCAUGGCCAUAAUAACAAUUCAUCAAAUAUAUUAUACAAUGUUAAGGUUUUAUUAUCUUGGUCUUUGGCCUUGCAUAAAUACCAGGAAGUAA